AUGGCAAAGAAGGGCGGAGUUCAGCAGCUGCAGGCGGACAUCGGCAGCGACGAGGAGUUCGAAAAGUUUCUGCUGCGACCCGGUCUGCUGGUGCUGGAUAUCUAUUCGGAAUGGUGUGGUCCGUGUGUGGGCAUGGUGGGCAGUCUACGGAAAAUUAAGCUCGAGCUGGGCGGCGACAAUUUGCAGCUGGCGAUUUGCAAAGCUGGUUCGAUUUCGUAUCUGGAACGGUUCAAUAAGAAAAGUGAGCCCACUUGGAUGUUUGUAGCGAACGGCAAAGCCAUCAACAUUAUGUUUGGCACAGAUGUGCCCAAGCUGGUGGCCAUGAUCACCAGGGAGCUGGAGUCGACGCUGGCCAAGGAGCCGCAUCAGACCUACGAAAUCACCGAGCUGCAGCCCAUUGAACUGGAACACUUGCGCAUUAAGAACGAGGCGCUCGAAUUGGCUGCAAAAAUUGAGCUCGAGGAGAGCAAGAGGAAGCGCAUCGAGUAUUUGAGAUUUGUGACAGAUAGCAUUAUGGAGAAUUUGCCGGAUAUUGGCAUUACGGUAUUUGGUCCGCAGGUCAAUCGGGAUAUGUUCAAGAAGCUAUCCGAGCCGGCGGAUCCCUUGAAGAUUCAGUGCAAGGAUCGCAAGGUGUUUACCAUAACUGAAAACGAUUUCAACACUGUGAACUUUGCGGCCGAGAAUCAAUUGCCCAAAGACGUUAUACAACACUUGUACGACAAAGAGUUGUUGAUGUGCUUUUGGAAAGUGGACGAAACGAUCGGUACUCCGCCCAAUAUACUGCAGCAGUACGCACAUGAGCUGACCAAAGAAACCAUAAAGCCACCCGAUGAGUUCAACGAGGAGGAAACCAUUCUGCCGCCCCUGAUAACAGACCUGGAAAUAACGGUACAGGUACAAAUUGAAGGUGAGCGCCAACGUCAAAAACAUCAAAUCAAUGAGGAUAGUCCACAAGCUGAUGCGGAACCUUCAGAGGACACGCUGCACUUUAAAGCCAUCAAAAUACCACCCAUCUGGGUGCCCAGCGAUCAGCGGACGCACGCGGCCCUCAUCUAUACCUAUUUCAGGGCACAAACCGCCGCCUUUUUGCCGCCCGAUCCAGUGCCCGAAGCGCCACAUAUCAUCAUGACAUUCGAUGCGUACAAAAAGAAGGAUCUGAUGAAUCUGGUCGACGCCUGCAAGCAGGAUGUGCCGCUCUAUGGCUUCUUCACCAGCGACAAUCCGCAGACAGCCGUCUUUAUAGCCAACUCCGUGGACAAAUACAAUGCCAAGACAUAUGUGCCCACCGAUAAAAUUGUGCUGAAAGUUAACAAGGUGCCGGGUCCGACGAUACCGCUGCUCAUGGAAUAUGGCCCCAGCUAUGUGAGCCCCAACUCAGUUGUUGGCCACAAGGAGGCUGCCAAAUUUUUUCCGCCCAGCUACAAGUCCGCCCAGCAGGAAGAGGCCGAGCUGCACGCCGUUAAAGCCGAGAAGCCGAAGAAGCGCAAGAAGACGAAGAAAGGCGCCGAGGCCGAGCAGUUCGAACAGCCCAGCGCCAGCGUCCAGGAUACUCUGCAGGAGGCCUCCGAUGAGGCGUCCAAGAUCUCGCCCGAGGAGGGCGCCUCCACAACCAGCAGCGGCGAGGACAGCUGCGAAAGUCGCCCGGCGACUGCCGAUGGCAAUAAUCCAGCCGCCGAUGGAUUGCAAUCUUAGAAGUUUCCCCGCCUUAUAACCCACAGGAAUGCACAAAUUUAUGC